GAGUUGGCAGAACUUCCGCUUUCCUUGGCGUUCUGCUGCCGGGUUCGCGGCUUUCCGGCUUUGGCUUCGUUAAUUCCCUCACAGCCACUUGGGGAAUCUUGAGGCGAGAGACGCGGGGAGGGCGCUGGCCGGAGCCGACUCGGGCCUCUCCUUCCGCGAAAGAAAGAAGCCUUUGAGUUACUGAGAAUUGGAGGGGCUUAAGCAGAUACAAGGAUGAAGCUGUAUAGCCUAAGUGUACUUUACAAAGGAGAUCCCAAAGUGCAUUUACUGAAAGCUGCCUAUGAUGUAUCAUCAUUUAGUUUUUUCCAGAGAUCCAGUGUUCAGGAAUUCAUGACCUUCACAAGUCAACUGAUAGUAGAGCGUUCAGACCUAGGCAGCAGAGCUUCUGUAAAGGAACAAGAGUACCUCUGUCAUGUUUAUGUGCGCAAUGAUGGGUUGGCUGGAGUGGUGAUUGCAGACAAUGAAUACCCACCACGGGUCUGCUUCACCUUGUUGGAUAAGGUGCUAGAUGAGUUCUCCAGGCAAGUUAACAGAAUAGACUGGCCCUCUGGAUCCCCAAUGACAAUAAACUACACAGCUCUGGACAGUUACCUUAGUAAAUACCAGAAUCCCCGUGACGCUGAUGCAAUGACAAAAGUACAAGCAGAGCUGGAUGAGACCAAAAUCAUCUUGCACAAUACCAUGGAGUCUUUGUUAGAACGAGGAGAGAAGCUGGAUGACUUGGUGUCCAAAUCAGAGGUCCUUGGAACUCAGUCAAAAGCCUUCUACAAAACUGCGCGAAAGCAGAACUCAUGCUGUGAAAUCAUGUGACCCUGUCAGCUGUGUCCCACCUUCUGCUCUGGACUAUCAGGCCUUCACUCACAUUCAGCACUCCGGAAGAGAGGCAGCGAGAAGAUGUAUCCCAAAACUACCUACGAUGGCAAUCCUUGUUUCCAGCGUUAGCCCCUUUAGCCAGACUGGAUGCCUGGAAUGGGACACAGUGUUGUGGUUCAUGAACUUAAACAAUCUUUAUUCCCCCCCCUCCCUUGGGAAGAAGACAUUUUGGACUCCAAGAUUUCUCUGUUAUGGGAGUGAGCAUAAUUGUAUUUUCCCCCACUAGUCUGAAGGGGCGCCGGUGGUUCCGGCAGUCUGUUUGGCAGUCACUGUAGGACUGUGUGGGGUUCCUUUGCCCUGCUUCUUUCUGAAACCUGCAAUUGGCUGUGGACUUGUUCUGUAUUGAUUGCUGUUUGCUCAUGUAACAGUAGGAGAACCAUCCUGAAGGGCUGCAAGCUAGUCCCGAAUCUUGAGUUUCAGGUCUCUGUGCUACACCUGGUACCAAUGAGGACCCUUUGGUCUAGUUACGGAGGCAAGGCAGAAACCUUGUCAGUCUGUCACCUCAUUCAAAGUCACUCUGAGUCCCUCUGUUGACUGACAUGCUCGGGUGAGAGACCUGGGGUGGCCUGAGAACUGGUGCUGCUUUAUUAAACGAGCAGAGGGGCUCCGUGGGGGUGGGGGAAAGGGUUCGUCUGAGUGAAUUUGGACUUGUGAAACGGCUUGAAAUUCUUUCUUGGCUGAAGAUGGGAAGCUCUUCCUGUGCUGGGACUGUGUUUGCCAACACGAGAGGUACCAGUUGGUUGAUGGGUUUUCACAACCUAUUCUACUGCGCUUUGUCCAGUACAGGAUUUUAUUUAGAAAGGCACAAUGCUCUGCAGCUCCACCUGGAAACGUGCACCUCACAACUGAUUUGAGGAGGGCCUACCCGUGGAUUCUAGUUGGUGGCUUGUGUUGCUUUUGCCUGGUUAUCCUCCUGCACUGGCACUGUUGUGUUAUGGCCACUGUUUGGUAGUGCCUGUGCCAUAGUAUUGACCUGUAGCCAUUUGUCGAUGGCAUUUGUGCUGAUAUCCAGAAGCAUCAUCUGCUGCUCUCCGCUAGGAGCUGUGCCAGAGCUCUGUGAAGUUUGACCCAUCUUAGCCUCUGACGUUGUGUGACUUGAUGUUGUCUUGUGAUGUUCUUAGCUGGCCCUACAUGUCUCCUUCCUGGAGAGUUUGUCCCUGCCUGCUAGUUUUGUGUAAGUAGUAGAUGUUGUUGUUAGCACCCUUCCUUCUAUCAGCGAUGCCCGAGUUCUGAGGCCCGCUCUGUCAUGGGAGGCAAGGAUACUGUUCUGCAGUUGAAUUUUCCCCUCUAAUUUAACCUGUUCCCAUUGCAGCAAGGUUAGGUGAGAGAUACGAUGCUUCAAAUAGAUUUGUGGCUGGCAGGUGACCUGAUGAAAGAGAAGCGGUGGUAAGCAGGGCUGCAUUGUUGUAAGUCAACGGGAUUGUGGAUGGGCCGGCACAAGACUCUUAUAUCAGACAGGGUAUUCCUCUCCCCACCCCCAGGAACAGCCAGCAUUCAUCUGAAUAGUUGGGGUGGUCACUGAAAACGAGGGAGAGGGGAGGUGUCCUUGUGCCAUCCUACGAAAAAGCUGUCCUUAAAUGUCAAUGGCAGAUGCCGUCUGUCUGGGCAAAGCAGAAGCUUAGUGAUUGAACUGUAAGGAAGAAUGCCAGCCUGGCCUUCAUUCUCUUCGUUCACACUUUAAAGGUGUACAGUGGUUUUUUGCUUUUGUGACCUGUUUUGACUGCCUUCAAUUCUUACAACUAACCAGCUACCGAACUGCAAACCUCUUACUACUUAAUCACCUGCUGAUAAAAACAUCAGCACUGAGCCCAGGGCUCUGCAAGCAUGAAGCAGGCUGAGCAGCCUAGAGCUUUAAUAAGCUUCUGUUUAUCUUAGAUGGCCUG